AGCACCAUUCUGACUUUGGCAUUAAUAAAAUUACAUUUUAGUUUUCCACGCUAAACUUAUGUAAUUUGCAUAAAUGCGUGGACUUAUUAUAGUGCCUAUGGACCUGGAGCCGGGCUUCCGCAAGGCAGACAUAAAUAAUAUACCCACUGUGAGCAGCGGCAUGAUAUUUAACUAUUUUGCAGCGGGCCAGACUAAGGAGAUCUCAGCAGCGAACAAUGAUUUGCUAAUAGACUACGUUCAUCUAAUGCGAAAGCAAGAUAUUUGUGAAGUGAAGGCACUGGUAUUUGCUGGCAGCAGCUUUGCUAAUACGGAAACCCACGCUAACGUUUGUGUGAGAAUUAUGGAAGGCGAACAAAGCAUAAGCGAGGGUCUCUGUAGCUUGUGCCCCACUGUAGCUGUGUGUCCGCAUGUGGUGGCCUUUGUGUUUUGGUUGCACCAGAAGAGCACAGACAGCAAUCCCAAGGCUGUGGUCGAAUAUUGGGGCCACGAGUUGGAAGCUUUAGUGCAGCCAGAGCCUUCAAGAGCUAUACGCAUACGCGACAUGCUGCCGGUGGAUGAAACACAUGCUGAAGCGGAAGCUGAAGCGCCCGGAUUUACGGAAAGUGAAGAGCGUGUGUUUCUGGAGUCGGUUCUAGAGGAGCUUGCGAUUUGUGGACGUGAUUCGGCGCUCUACCGUCAAUGUAUAGAGACCACAGAUGAAUUUGAAGCACUGCUGGUGCAUCAUGUGUUGCUGAAGGGAUCGGAAUAUAAUGUAUUUGACGCAAAUAGUUUUAUGCAACAUAUGGAGUUGCAAGCACAAGGUGGACUCUUUGAAAGCUUGCAUGAAGUCACCAAAAGCCAGUACAAGUCAAAGCUAUGGAUAGAGACGCAGUAUAUGCGCAUACGCUGUUCAAUGAUGCAUUUGAUUGCCACGCGUAAAACAGCGUUGGAAGAUGAACAAAUCUUUGAUAUGCUGUUCUGCAAAGGUCGUGAUGAGGACACUGAAGAGCGUGUGCAGCAAAAGCAACAUAAGCGUUUUAUACUUAAGCAAACAGAGAAACUGGAGAACAAGGAAUACAUAAAGUGUGGCCUGCUACUACAUGAGAACUAUCCCUACAUAUGCGGCGCACCCGAUGGCAUCACAGAUGAUCACAUUGUGGAGAUUAAAUCGCCCAAGACUGAGCAGGAUUUUGAAAAGUAUUUAGAGGCCCGAGAGACCAUUGCUCCCAAGUACAUGGCACAGAUACAAAUACAAAUGUUUCUUGCGAAUGUUAACAAGGCGCUUUACUGUGUGCUGAGUCCCACAUUUGAGACAAGUGGCGCAUUGCAUUAUGUCUGGGUGCAGGCGGAUCCGGAGUUUCAGGCGAGUCUGCUCAGCAUGGCAGAUGAGUAUUGGAGAGAUGUGGUAUAUCCACGACUUGUGAGUAUUUAUCCUCAAACAAUUUAAUGAAUAAACACAUGUUGAAUAAACCUAGUCAAUUGAUUUAAGAACAUUA